AUGAAGACCCCUUCGCUGCUGGCGGGCCUGGUGCCUGCACUGGCCUUCCUGUCGCUGGUCCACCUCAGCGUGGGAUGCAUGUUCUACCCGGCCGGCGAGUACCUCCGCUUCGUCCGCAUCCCCGAGAACGUCCCCGUCGGCGGGGAGGUGCUGCAGGUGGAGGUGCACCCGCGGAGGAACCUGUCGCUCCGGCCGGUGGACAAGGCGGACGACGCCCGCUACUUCGCGGUGCGCGACGUCAACGGCAGCGCCGUGUCCAUCGUGCUGUCCCGGACGCUGGAGGACCUCGUGGACAGCGACACGCAGCGCCAACGAAAAUGCUCAAGUCUGACCAUCUUCCGCGGCAUCCACGCCGUGGACCGCGACAAGCCCAACACGCCCAACUCGGACGUGCAGUACUCCAUCGUGGCGGGCAACGAGGCGGGCAAGUUCGGGCUGGAGAGCGCGCACCGCGCCGCGCUGGUCAUCCGCAAGCCGCUGGACUACGACACGGGCGACAAGGAGUUCGUCCUCACGCUCAUGGCCUCGGACCGCGGCACGCCGCCACUCAACUCGACGACGGAGAUCUCCGUCUCCGUGCUGGACAGCGACGACCUCAGCCCCAAGUUCACGCGGGAGCUGUACCGGACGCAGGUCACCGAGUUCUACCCGCUUACGGGCGGCAAGGUGCACAAGGAGCUUGUGUUCCGGCCCGCCAUCGAGGCCGUGGACCAGGACGUGGCCAUCGACGCGGCGGUGCGCUACGACAUCAUCGCGGGCAACGAGCGGCGCCUGUUCCGCCUGGACCCGCGCAACGGCUCGCUGUUCCUGGAGCGCGAGCUGGACCUGGACGCGGAGCGCACCCUGGCCGGCAACACCUUCUCGCUGACGGUGCAGGCCGCGCAGGUGGACAACCCGCUCAAGGCGGGGGUGGCGCGCGUCGAGGUGGAGCUGCUCGACCUCAACGACAACCUGCCCGAGUUCGAGGUGGACCUCUACAACAUCAGCAUCGUGGAGAACCUGCCCAACGGUUUCAGCGUGCUGCAGGUCAUGGCGACGGACAAGGAUCAGGGUGACAACGCCUUCUUCACCUACCUCCUCGAGGACCCGCUGCAGGCCUUCAACAUCGACGCCCGCACGGGGUGGCUGACGGUGCGCGACCAGGGCCGCCUGGACCGCGAGAAGCAGCCCACGCUGACGAUGCGCGUGCGCGCCAAGGAGAAGACCCCGUCGGUGGUGCGCGGCGCCACGGACAGCAGCUCCUCCGUCAACGUCACCGUCACCCUCCUCGACGCCAACGACAACAACCCUUCCUUCGUGCCCAGCAACCUGUACGAAUUCACCGCCUACACUGACGCCGCUGUCGGGGAUGUCAUCGGCCAGGUGAAGGCGAUGGACCCGGACCUGGGCCGCAACGGCAUGGUGCUGUACGACGUGCAGCGCACCGGCAACCUGUCGUCGUCCGCGCUGCCCUUCGCCGUGGACGCGCAGACCGGCGAGGUGUCGGUGGCGGACGCGCCGCUCGUGCCGGGCCGCCACGCGCUCUUCGUCGAGGCCUCGGACCAGCCCGCCAACCCCUCGGAGCGCCGCUUCUCGCUGGCCGUCGUGUCCGUGGACGUGCUCAAGGCCAGUCGCCGCGACGGCCAGGGCGAGCCGGGCGACCAGGUCCCGGACUUCGUGGGCGCGCCCUACGAGUUCUGGGUGGGCAGCAACGUCGCCAUCGGCGCGAGCGUUGGCCAGAUCCGGGUCACCGAGACGCCCAACCGGGUGCUGUAUGACCUGCUGCACUCGUACCACGAAGGGGUGCCGUUCGCCGUGGAGGAGCGCUCGGGCACCAUCACGGUGGUCGCGGACAUGCGCAAGUUCGAGCGGACGUUGUACGACUUCGAGGCCGUGGCCACCGACUCCAGGGACAUGGUGCUGGUGACCAACGUGACGAUCCACGUGGUGCACGCCGAGGACGAGGUGGCCACUCUGUUCAAGAGCAGCGGCAGCACCCCUCGUCGCCCGAUGGAGUUCCACGUUCGGGAGAACCUGGCGGGGGCGCUGGUCGGGCAGCUGCUGUCGCCGGGCAGGAACGUGACGGGGUUGAACGUGACGAGCGUGGCGGACAACAUCGCGGACAAGGCCGCCGCCAGCAAGCUGCGCUUUGUCAUCGCCAACCAGCAGGACGUGGCCGAGAGGUUCGCCAUCUCCGCGGACGGCACGCUCUACACGCAGCGGGGCCUCGACCGCGAGGAGCACAGCUCGUACCGCCUCACCGUCAUCGCCGAGAACGCCAAGGGGCUGGUGCGCGGCUCGGGGGUGUUCCAGGUGGUAGUGGUCGUGGAGGACGAGAACGACAACCCGCCCGCCUUCGAGCGCCCCGCCUACGAGGGCCGCAUCCCGGAGAACGCCGCGGCGGGCACGGAGGUGGCGCUUGACGCCGAGGUGCACGCGAAGGACGCGGACACCGGCAGCAACGCGCAGUUCACGCUGUCGCUGUACGGCGAGGGCCGCGACGUGUUCGCUCUGGACGCCACCACGGGCCGAGUGGUCCUGCGCGCGGGGCAGGUGCUGGACCGCGAGGCCAAGGCCGUGUACCACCUGCGCGUCAUCGCGCGCGACAAGGGCGGCCUCACGUCCGAGGCCGCGCUCACCGUACACGUGGACGACGUCAACGACAACGCGCCGCGGUUCGCGCGCAUGACGCUCCUGCAGGACGAGGAGCAGGGCAUGGACGUGGAGGCGGACGACCCCGAAGAGAACGACAUCCUGGUGGUGGACCAGCACGAGGCGCGCAACGCCACGUUCACGCCGCCGCCGUCCCGCGGCAGAGGCCAGCACCUGCUCCCUGUGGUUAGCGUGGCGGAGUCCAUCGCGACGGGCACCGCGCUGCUGCGCCUGCUGGCAGAGGACCGCGACACGGGCAGCAACGCCGUGGUCACGUACCACCUCGUGUCCGAGGCGCAGGUCCCCGCCGAGCCGGGCGAGGCGUCCCCGCAGCAGUCGCAGCAGUCGCACGGCCACUUCCGAGUGCUGCCGGCCACGGGUGACGUGGUGGUGGUGCGGACGCUGCCCGCCGAGACCGAGUUCCACCUCAACGUGACGGCCACGGACGGCGGCGGCCUCAGCGACAGCGUCGUCGUCAAGAUCUACGUCAAGGACGUCAACGACCACGCGCCCGCCUUCGUCCGGGCGUGGUACACGUUCGACCUGGCCGAGGGCGUGUACACCAACCACGUGCUGGGCAGGCUGGAGGCCGUGGACGCGGACUUCGGCGCCAACGCCAACAUCUCGUACUACAUCAUGCAGACCUACGAGGACUACGCCGCGCUGCCGUUCCACAUCGGCGAGCUGGACGGCACGCUGACAGUGGAGGGCGACAUCGACCACGAGGCGCGCUUGUCGUACUCGUUCCAAGUGGUGGCGCAGGACCACGGCCCCGCCGAGGACCGCAAGCGCAGCACGGUGGACGUGGAGAUACACGUGACGGACAUCAACGACAACCCGCCCGUGUUCUACAACUACGACCGCAUCGCGCAGAUGACGGACGAGGAGGGCGGCACGGUGUUCGUGCCCGUGUACUACGCGUCCGUCGUGGAGAACAGCCCCGCGGGCCUCGCCGUGGCGCGCGUCUUCGCCAACGACUCCGACUUCCAGGGUAACGGCAACGGCCUGGUGCUGUACGACAUCCCGCGGCGCGCCGACCGCGAGGACUUCUUCAGCGUGGACUCGAAGGAGGGCGUGGUGACGACGAGCGCCAAGCUGGACUUCGAGACCCAGGGCACGCACAACGUCACCCUGGUGGCGCGCGACCUGGGCAGCCCCAGCCUGAGCGCCACGGCCCUGCUCGUCGUCAGCGUGGUGGACGUGCCCGAGACGCUGGAGGACACGCUUGGCCCCAUGUUCCUGCACCGCUACUACGAGGUGGAGGUCGAGGAGAACUGCGCGGUACCCAUCGUGCUGCUGACGCUCAACGUCACGGAGCCCUACCGGGGCUUCAACCUCAAGUACUCCAUCGUGCCGGGCAAGCGCAGCGCGCGUGGACUGGCGCCAUCCGCGCCGACCGCCGCCACCGCCACGCAGCGCAGGGUGCCCCCCACGGCGGCCAGCGUCGCCGCCAGCGCGGCUGCAGCGGCGCCGCCGCCGUCCAUGUUCCGCGUGGACCCGCGCAACGGCACGCUGGUGCUGACGGAGAGCCCCGACCGCGAGGUGCGCGGCCGCUACGAGGUGACGGUGCGCGUCGACAUGAGCAAGAAGGGCCGCGCGCUCACGCCGCCCGCGCACGUCGUGUACCCCGUGGCGGAGGAGCGCCUCACCGACCUUGCCCACAACGAGGUGAAGGUGGUGGUGCGCGUGACGGACCUCAACGACAACCCGCCGCGCUUCACGGGCAGCGGGCGGCCCAUCGUGGCGGCCAUCCCUGCCACGGCGCACUACGGCUACCAGAUCGCCAAGCUGCAGGCCAAGGACCCCGACGAGGGCCUCAACGCCGACGUACGCUACCAGAUCCUGGACCGCGUGGACGACGAGUCGCACAAGUUCGCCGUGGACCCGGUCACGGGCCAAGUGCGCUCCAUCGUCAGCUUCUCGCGCGACGCGGGCCGCGUCUUCGGCUUCGACGUGCGCGCCACCGACCGGCGGGGUGCCGACGACGGCAAGUCGGCCAUCGCCAACGUCUUCGUGUACGUGCUGGACGAGGAGAAGCAGCUCGUGAUGCUGAUGGCCGCGCGGCCCAUCGACGUGGAGAUGAGCAUGGAGAACAUCACGUCCAUCUUGUCCAACGCCACGGGCAUGGACGUGCGCGUGCGCAAGCUGCAGCCCCGCAUCGACGACUCCUUCUACAGCCCAGCCACGGACAUGUACCUCUACGCCGUGGACCCCGUCAUGAACGUCAUCAUCGACAUGGACACUCUAUCCAGCAUGCUGACCGCGCAGCAGGCCGAGCUCCGCCGCAAGCUGCCCGCGCUGCGCGGCAUGGACCUGGUGGGCGGCGGCCUGGAGGUGUCGCGCGCCGAGGCGCACGCGCUGUCCGCCCUCGAGGUGGGCGUCGUGGUGCUGGGCUGCGUCGUGUUCCUGGGCGCGCUGGCGGCCGCCGUGUGCGUGGGCUGCGUGCGCCGCUUCCGGCACCGCAAGGGCUUCAAGGGCGGCAAGGACAAGAUGGGCUUCAGCCACGCGGCGCCGCUCACGCACACGCUGCACCACAAGGGCCCACUCUACCCCAACACCACCCCGGCCUCCUUCUUCAGCCUCACGGCCAACACGAGCCUGGGCGGGCCGCAGGGGCUACCGCCGGGGCUGGCGCACCCGGGGCCCGCGCUGUCCAGCGUGGGCGGCGGCGACACCACGGACACGUACGUCGAGAUGCACUCCAACAAGUCGUCCAACUGCAACAAGCGGCGCUACCCGACCAACCGCCUGCGCACGCGGCAGCAGCAUCACCGGCACCAGCACGAACCCACCUGCACUCGCCACAAGCGGCACCGCCACCAGCGCAGGCCGAGCAACGCACAGGGGAUGCAUAUGGUCCGGUCCAACUCCAACGCGGGUUUCGACAUGGGUGUGGGCUCGGACUCCGGACAGGUCCUGUUCGAUGAGCGAGACCGCGAGCUGGGCUGCUGUCCCUGUGGACACUCGCCGUCACACUCGUCAGCAGAAAGCUCCAACGGCAGCUACGAAGACUCGCUCAAGUCCUCCCGACGAGCUUGUGAGCGCGGCCACCCCCACGCCCACGGCCACGCCCACGGCCACCUUUAUCAAACUGCACCAACUGAACAAAAGGUGUUCCGCAUUAAUGAUACUCAAGAUUUGAAUUUGCCGGCCUCGGGUUAA